AUGGCGCAACAAAAGCAAGAUAGCACUAACAAUAAAGAAAAUGAGACCAGAGGUGAUCAGGAGGAUAAGAAUACGAAAAAAAUGUACCUAAAAAAUAUAAUUACACUGCACAAAAUUUCUCCAGUACCUGUAGCAAGUGAAACUAGAAAAAGAAAGUCUAGACAAACAAUCUCGGGAGUUUUAACAACUAGUUCUAAUUUGACAUAA